UUCCUGCAGCUGUGCGACUCUAUACGUGUUUUCGGUGCCCAUUCAAGGUACACAACACCAUUGAUCGAGUCACGUUCCGAACGCAUUACAGCGCAGACGUGCACGACGCUUCUGUUUGCGCGAGACAAUUAUCUGUCAUCCAGGACAAACUCGAGGAGGUUGCACCACCGCUGAAACCGAUCCGCCUCGCCAACGCCCCCCUCGUGCGAGAAGUCGUCGAUCGCUGUAGUCUAUCGAGGAAUCCGCAUGCCCGUGAACUAGCGCGAAUAUUUCGUUAUCCGCACUUCCGGGCUCUGAUCGAGGCGCACGACGAGGUCGGCGAGACGGUUGUAGAGCGGCUGAAGCACCCCGCCGUAUCGCCCAGUAAGUCCACGAACGGAGGAGUGACACCGGAUUCACCCGGCGGCGGCGGCAGUUCGGACGGCCUAGACGGAGGUCCUUCUUCGCUGGCAACUUCGACAACGGUCACGACGGCCGGCAACGGGAUGCCCGGGGAAACGAUCAAGAUGGUGGGCAUUCGGCGGAACCCUAAUGAACCGCUCGGGCUCACGGUGGAGGUCGACGAGCACGAUCAGUUGGUUGUGGCGCGGAUCAUUGCCGGCGGGAUGAUCGAUCGGCAGGGCCUGCUCCACCCGGGUGACGUUAUACUGGAGGUUAAUGGAGUUCAGGUUAACACACCGGAGGAUCUACAGACUGAAAUUUCCCGGGCCAAGGAAUCGGUCACGCUCAAGAUCGGUCCCAGCCUGGAGGAGGAGAUGAAAUCCGCUCGGAUCAUGAUGGGUGGUGGACAGGUAAAGAAAAAUAUUGACUCGGGGAAGAAACUGACGUGCUACAUGCGUGCCUUGUUCGAUUACGAUCCAGCGGAGGAUAACCUAGUGCCGUGCCAGGAGCUCGGCCUUGCAUUCCAGCGUGGUGACAUUCUGCAGAUCAUCAACGUCAAAGACCCGAACUGGUGGCAGGCACGGCACGUCGGCGAGGACAAUGCCAUCGGAUUGAUUCCGUCGCAGGAGCUGGAGGAACGCCGUCAGGCGUAUGUUCCUCCCGAGGCGGAUUACGUGCACAAGAUUAGCAUAUGCGGAACAAGGAUUUCCAAGAAGAAGCGCAAGACGAUGUACAAAACCAAGCAGAACAACGAGUUCGACAAGGCUGAUCUGAUGCUGUACGAAGAGGUUACCAAGAUGCCCCCGUUCAAGCGAAAAACUCUGGUCCUGAUCGGGGUGGCAGGCGUUGGCCGGCGGACGUUGAAGAACCGUCUGAUCAACAGCGAUCCCGACAAGUUCGGUUCGGUGUUGCCCCACACUACCCGUCAACCGAGACCGCUGGAGGAGAGUGGCAAAGCGUAUUGGUUCACCGAUCGGGAGACCAUGGAACAGGAGGUCAAGGAGAACAAAUUCCUGGAGUUUGGUGAGCACAAUGGGAAUUUGUACGGCACACAUUUGGAUUCGGUGCGGGAUGUCAUUCGACAAGGAAAAAUGUGCGUCCUGGAUUGUUCACCGACGGCGCUGAAAAUUCUGCACAACAGUGCCGAAUUCAUGCCAUACGUAAUCUUUAUCGCGGCACCCGGUAUGGAACAGCUGAAGCAGCUCUACUCAGAACGUCGAUCGGC